UUUCGCACACGUCCACAUUUUAGUUGACGUCACAUUGUACAUAAGCGUUUGAUCGGGGGGUGGGGGGCAUGACCAAGAGAAUACACGAAGAAAAAAAAAUAUUCGCGGUAAUUCGCUAUCCGUUUCUCUAAACAGUUGGCAGAAUUUGUUAUACGUAUGUGGCGUGCGGUGUAGUUUUCGUCGACGGCGUCCGUUCUCGGGAAGGAGGAUAUACGUACGAGAGGAAAUACGUACCUGUCGUCGAGGAUAUACGAGGCCGCGAUUACGCGAUCUGGCGAUAAGGAGGAUAGCGACGUGAGAUCACCCUCUCGCGCAUCCCGGACUUCUUCCGAUUCUGCUCGAGAUCAAAUCUGCCGAGCUCGGCAACGCGGGUUUCUUUUUCUUCCUUUCUCCCUCGGAGAGGCGACGCGGCGGUCGCGCCCGAAGUAUUUGCACCACCGGUCGCGACACAAACACAGAGAUUGCGGAGUCGAGGAGGUUAAGGGGACGGCACGAGCGGGAGGACGCGCCGUCCAUCACCAUGAAGCUCGUCGACCACGUGGUUAGGAGCUUCAAGGUGGCGAAAAUAUUCCGCGAGAACUCGGAUCGGAUAAACAGCAUCGACUUCUCGCCGAACGGCGACACCCUGAUCUCCUGCUCGGAGGACGAUCAGAUCGUGAUAUACGAUUGCGAGAAGGGGACGCAGGUACGAACCGUCAACUCCAAGAAGUACGGCGUCGAUCUAAUACACUUCACUCAUGCGAAGAACACCGCGAUUCACAGCAGCACCAAGGUCGAUGACACGAUCCGUUAUCUCAGUCUACACGAUAACAAGUAUAUACGAUACUUUCCAGGUCAUUCGAAAAAGGUAGUAUCUCUAUGUAUCAGUCCUAUCGAGGAUACUUUUCUCUCCGGUUCCUUAGACAAAUCUCUAAGAUUAUGGGAUCUUCGCUCACCGAAUUGCCAUGGAGUCAUGAACGUCUCGGGACGACCGGUCGCAGCUUACGAUCCCGAGGGUCUCAUCUUCGCGGCUGGAGUUAAUUCAGAGAGCAUCAAACUGUACGAUCUACGCAGUUUCGACAAGGGACCCUUUGUCACCUUUAAGCUCUCUCAGGAGAAAGAAUGCGAUUGGACAGGAUUGAAGUUUAGCAGGGACGGCAAAACCAUCCUGAUCUCUACCAACGGUAGUACAAUUCGUUUAAUCGAUGCUUUUCACGGUACACCCUUACAGACUUUCGCCGGAUACCUGAACAACAAGGGAAUCGCCAUAGAGGCCAGUUUUAGUCCGGAUUCGCAAUUCGUGUUUAGUGGAUCUACGGAUGGUAGGGUGCACGUGUGGAACGCAGAGACCGGUUACAAAGUUUGCGUGCUGAACGGUGAUCAUCCGGCGCCAGUGCAGUGUAUCCAAUUCAAUCCCAAGUACAUGAUGCUAGCAUCGGCGUGCACCAACAUGGCUUUCUGGUUACCUACUGUCGAUGAAAGUGCAUAAGACUAAUUUAUAAGAAAUAUUGGGCAAUGCUGGGAAGUAUCGCUCGUCUAUAAUUUGUGCAAGAGAGAAAGGGAGACAGAGAGGUGCGAGAAGAGAGCCAGAGAGAUUAACGGCUAAUUAGAGGCAGCAGGAAGAUGUACAACUUGGUCGAGCAAAUAUAUUUACAUUGCAUUAUGUGUACAGAAACAAACAACUGUUGUAUGACAUACUAGUUUCAGGAACGUAUCCGAAAGAGCGAACGACAAGUCGCGGGAGAAUAGCUGGAUCGUCGCUCGCUCACACUUUGAUAAGAUCCAUAUAAGGAAAUAUCAUACACCUUUUUCAUCUAUUAUCGUCGUCAUCAUCGUCUCUGUCGUUUUCAUUAUAACAAUCUAAUGUCAGGUUAGCGAUAUAGAAAGAUUGCCAAUUCCAUGAUCUUACUAAAAGUUUCAAAUGUGUCUCAUAUAUGUAUAUAGCUUCUUCCGGUGUACCUAUGUGUAAUGUUUAACGAGUCCGGAACAAAAUCUAUUGUAUAUCGGAAGNNAGAGGUAAUUUUUGUAUUUUGCGUAUUUUGUAUCCAUUUCCGGGCAAUUAUCUUAAAUUAAAUUACACGGUAUUGCCGAUAAAUCGUUCAUCAUUAUUCAGGACGCGCAAUUGUUACAUUACAUUAUCGUUACACGUCUAAUACUUCAUGUUUUUUAUAACUCUGGUCUCUGGCGUGCAUUGUCUCGGAAAUAGGAUUAGAAUGAUUAAUUUAAUUAAGAAUUAUAAAAGGAUGUGUGUGAAUGAUUACCAAAUAGUCAUUCGGAAUCUGUGAUUAAUUACGAUUUUUCGAUUAAUCUGAUUCGCAUGGCCGUAUAUAGGAUAACGUUGAUUUGAUGAAGUUGUAAAGAAAUAUCACUAUCGCGACGCGUGACAUUAAUAACUUUGUUUAUUCGGACGUAAAUGAUCAGUUGUAAUCUUAUAAUUCAAUGUCAUCAACUUACAAUUUUUCUUUUUAUCUCUCCAUCAUUCACGCGUUUAGUGUUAUAUAUGUAUGUAAAAACGUACGUUUAGAUAAUUCUAAAUAAUAUAUCGAAAUAACAGCUAUUAUAUGCGACACGAAGAUUUAGAAUCGGCAUAUUUAGCUUUAAAUGUGCGGUACAUAGAAUAUCGUCUGUCGAAGUCUAUGUAAGCGUAUAAUAGGUAUCGAACAUCUUUCUCGCUUCUGUAUACGGCUAUGUCUAAUCGUUGUAUGUAUAGAUUGUCAGUAAUACGCCUUGUAUACAUAUACACACACAGCGAAAACAAGUCGAAAACGUAUUUAUCAUAUAUGUGACGGAUUCCAGGCAUCAAUAAUCAAAAGUGACAAAGAGGAGAGACAAAUAAUCACCGAUAUCGCGUAUGGAAAAAAAUAUCGUUGUCACUUUUAAAUACGCUGCGUUCGAGAAAAUGCAACGACCAUCUCAAGAACAAUCGGAGCAAUGUUUUUCUCGCAUUUUACCCGUAAAUGGAGACGAUAAUGAUGAUCCAGUGAUUAUAUUUGGUCAUCAUCAUCACCAUUCAUUAUCGAAAACAUUAUACUCCCGAAAGCGUAAUCUAGAUAUGCGACGAACGAUAGAGCGAUCGACUUUAUUUAUUUUGCACGAUAAUAAAUCCGUUAUAUAAUAUCGACAUAACUCGAUCAUAACUACGAUCUUAAUGAAACAGGG